AUGAAUGAUACCAACAGAGGGAAAGAAGAUUGGCUAACUUGGGUAGCCGGCCCAUGCGGUGUGGCGCUCGCGCUAGAUGUGUGUGCCACAAAUUCCAGUGUCAUGGGCAUCCAGCUGCAACAUGGCCACUCACAUGGUGGCAUGGCCUCUGCUUCGCACGGCCAUAGUCAUGGUGGCAAGACGAAACAAACGAGUGGUAAAAAAGUUGCUAAUAUUCAAGCGGCAAAUGAUAGCUGUAGCGGUGACUUGACGCUCACCCCCACCACUACAAAGCCAGCCGCGAGUGCUGAAAAACGCUAUGUGGCCGGACCGACGUGCUCACCAACUGGUCCCUGCGCCUUGCCGGCGCCCCAACGUCCGCUAGAAGAUGGCGCCGGCGAGCUGGAGUUGGACGCUAACGAUGCCGCAAUGCCAGUUUCUGGUUUGUCCACUUUCUCCUAUCAGAACUCGACUUCGUUAAAGGAGGUGCAUGCGGAGGUUGCUGCGGUUAUGGCGGAGACGGCAGCUGGCGCGCAUCAUCACGGCGGCUCGGCGGCACGUGAUGCUGAAAAUUUGAAUGUACGCGCUGCUUUCAUACAUGUCGUUGGUGAUAUGAUUCAGAGCGCCGGUGUAUUUCUGGCCGCUGUGGUGAUAUUCUUUCGGCCAGACUGGGCGAUCAUCGAUCCCAUUUGUACAUUUUUCUUCUCAAUUAUAGUGCUCUUCACGACGUUCUCCAUCAUGAAGGAUGCGCUGCUGGUUCUAAUGGAAGGUACACCCAGCUACAUGCACUACACCGAGGUACUCGAAGUCUUCGAACAUAUUGAGGGUGUGAGACGUGUGCAUAAUUUGCGUAUUUGGGCGUUAAGCAUUAAUAAAGUCGCGCUCUCCGUGCACUUGGCCAUUGGUGAGUACAACUACUACAUAGUUACAUACUAA